ACCAUCUUGCAUUGAGGGUGAAUAUCUACCACAGUUUCUCCACCCAACACCUCAUCCUGGAGAACUCCUGCAGGCUCAUGUGAAUGAAGAAAUUGAGAUCAGAAUUAAAGCUUCUGCAAGUUUGUCAAGGAUAAUUGAUGUCAUCAUUAGUGGACCACUGAACAGUUCAAAGCACAAAACUACCACUGGGGAGUAUGUGAUUAACUGGACACCAACUGCAGACAACUACGGCCAACAUUUUCCAUUUUGCUUCAUUGCAGAAGGACAAUAUGGGUUUAAUUCACUAAAAUCAUGUUAGUCCAAGCACACAUCAUAUCAUCAAUGUUUACAAAAUUCUUUCUAUUUUAAGGUCUAACAUUUACCAGUCUGAAAUGAGGUGUGUCAUUGUAAAAGUGGAAGCUGCAGGGCCCAUGGUGCAUGUAACCUGCCAACAGAACUCAGUGUCAGUGACAAUUGAGAGAUCUUCCAUCAAAGGAGUCCAUGGAGACCACUUAAGGUUUAUAGAUCCAUCUUGUCGAGUUUACUCCAAUAGCACCCAUAUGUUUGCCAGCACACCUCUUAAUAGUUGUGGCACUCAGAUGGAGGAGAAUAAUGAUGAACUCAUCUUCAAGAAUGCAAUUGUUACAUUUGAUGACCCCAAGGACAUUAUCACCAGGAGGCAUGAAAUAAAUAUUGAAAUCCUGUGCAAGUACCAGAAAAGGAGCAACCUUACAUUGGAGUUUGAUACUCACAGACCUGCAAUCAACUUCUUCGAGAGAGGCUUUGGCUCCUUCAGCUAUCAGUUUGAGUUUUAUGAUUCUGCAAGUUUCUACAACAGAAGAGAUCCAAACUCAUACCCACUGGAGUUUGAUGUGGGAGAGAUGAUCUACAUGCAAAUUGAGCCCGUCACUCCAAUCCAAAACACUGAGGUCUUCGUCGAGUCCUGUGUAGCAACACCCUACGAUAAUCCAAAAUUCCCAAUCUCUUAUCCCAUCAUAUCAAAUGGAUGCAAAGUGGAUAAAACUGUUCAGUUUUACUCAAAUCACAAACCGUAUUUCCAGUUUGGGGUUGAGGCCUUCAAGUUCCUUGGGCUCCACGACCAGGUGUUCAUCAGUUGUUUAAUCAUCAUAUGUGAGGUAAACAAUCCCAACACCCGCUGUUCUCAGGGCUGUAUUAACAGCACAGUAGCUCCACCAACACACCACCACAGCAAAAGAGAAGCUCCCAUCCAGACCGACAGUCACUUCAUCUCCCAGGGACCCCUGCAACUGAAGAGGAGUGUGCAUGAGGUCACCGUAAGCCAAAGUGUGAAUCUGAACGUGGUCGUCAUCGCUGGCAGUCUCCUGGCAGCAGCUGCCAUGGUGUGUGGCGUGACUGUCUACAGAUCCAGAAGGAAAAGGAUCAGAUACCAACCCUUGCCAACACAUGAGUUUUGAGCAUGUCAACUCUGUUUAGGAAUUUCUCAAAGCAUAAUGCUCUAUAUUUCUGUACAUCAGUUUCAAAGCAUUGGUGUCAUUUGUUUCUACAGCUGAGAUUUAGUCACAAUUUGGUGGGUUGCAAUUGUGAAAGUGUGUUUUCCUUUAUCAGACAAUAUUACUUUUGUACUGACUUUAAAUAAAAUAAUAUGUGUUGGAAAAAGCUAAUUUAAUAUUACAACUUUAAUAUUUACU